AUGCACCUGUUGACCGAGACAGCAAUUAGUGACAGCAGAGAAUUCGAGGUGCUGUCAUUUGAGGAGGUGGAGCAGCUGAAAAAAGAGAGGGCCUUCUUGAGAGGGAAAAUUGACACAACGAGAAGGAAGCUGGCGCUGGAAAGCAAACUGCGAGAUGCCGCCCAGUCCCUCAAUCGUCUAUAUUCGGUUCGCGAAUCCCCAGACGCGGCAGCUUCACCCAAAAAAUCGCGACGCAGCAUCCUUGGGAGCAGACGUGGUGGCGACGAGGCGGUCCACCGUGCCGACGAUGAAUACGCUGCAAGUAUGAAAAAGGUGGACGAACUCUCGCGCGAGCUAUCCCAGCUGGAAAAUCGGCUUCAACAUAUCGAUAGACGCGUUCUGCAGCACACAGCUGGUAUUCUGCAGAUGACACACAGAGGUCUGAAGAAGAAUAUUCGCAGGAAUGAGCUGCCCCGAAGUCCAGAAAGUAUGACUAGUCAGCCGAACGGGCGAGGUUCUGCACUGGAUGCUAGGGAUGAUUUUGAUGAACGGAGUCUCUACCAGGUCCCAGACUAUGUCACAGAAUUUGGACAGAUUCCGCACAGAUUGAACAAGAGCAGAGCUGGAUCCCGGGCUAUUGACGGUGUUGUGAGCCGCCUGCAAGAACUGAAUCACCGCCUACAUCUGAUGAUCACCCAAGCGAGUUUGCAGGAACAUUUCGAUCCACCUCCUCAGCCUACCGACGACCACAUGACAGGGGGCGUGGAUGCACAAAUCCAAGCAUACCUUGGAUACAUGUCGCAGGGCUUGGACGCGAUGGAAGCUGCCCAAGCUCGAUCUAAUGCAGCUGUUCAGCAGUCAAUCUUUGAUACCGAAGAACAACUUGAGGAUGUCAAUCUCCGACUACAUGACAUGCUGGAAAGGACAAACUCUGUCGGUCAUAGCCCUGUGCUACUGCAGGAUGAACCCCGAGGCAAGGAUCUCCAAUCGCAGUUGGCUUUCUCUUCUUCUGUCAUCGAGCGAUUGAACAAACGUGUGGAGACCCUCGUCGAACAGAAGGAUAUCUUGACGCGCCAAAUCCAACAGCAACGAGAACUCAACAGCAAGUCCGAUGCUCAGCGUGAUGCCAAAAUCCACGAAUUGGUGGCAGAGCUGGAAGAGUCAAAACGCUCUCAAACAAUUGGCGAACAAGAAGCUCAGCAUUCGCGUGACCAAAUCAAUUUGCUCAUGGAGGAACUGGAUCUUGCGAAGCAACAAAGCGUUCUCUUGGAACAUGAACGAGGUGCUGAUGAGAGCAAAGCCGUUGAGCUUGAACGCACCGCCCGGAAAGAGACGGAAGAAAAGUUUCUGGCCGAGUUACAGGCCAAACAAGAGGAGCAUAGCCGGCUGCUGUCAGAGAUGCAGCAAACACGGAGGGACUUGGAAUCUCAGUCCAUGGAAGCAGCAAACCUUGCGACAAAUCACGCUCAGGCUCAGGCGGCGCACGAGGAAGUGACCAAUGAUCUCCGCAGGCAAAUGGAGGCACUGAGUGGUGCAAAGGCCCAAGCAGAAUCAGAACUCUCGAAACUCCGUAUGGAGAUGCAAGAGCUCGAAUCUGAAGUGGUCCGAGCGCAGACUGAGCUGACCGUGGUGAAAGCUGAACUUGAUGGCGCUUAUGGAACGCGGGCUCAGCGGGCGGCCGAUGUGUCCAUGAAUCCGGCCAUCCAGAAGGAAAUUGACGGCCUGAAUGUGCGAAACAACGAGCUUGAAAGUCAAGUGAACGCCCUGAGAAGGGAGCAUGAGGCGAAAGACGCAGUAAGUGCCGAGCUGCAGAACAAGGUCGCCGCUCUCCAGAGGGAGCUGAAAGAGACCAUUGAAGAGUACGAAGUCAUGACGAGGCAAAGCAUUGACGAUGAAAAAGAGCGGGAGCGGCUUGAAGAGAAGGUCGACGCAUUGCAACAGCACUGCGAAGCGCUCGAGUCACAACUGAACGAAGAGAAAGUUAAAGGGCUUGGUGCUAAGGUUUCGUCGCCCACUGAAACGACAUCUACAAUGGUUUUGAAGAACGAAUUCAAGAAAAUGAUGCGCGAGACUCGAGCAGAGAAUCUCAAAGUCCUCAAAGUAAGAUGA